AUGAAGCGGGCACUGUGCUGUGUCCUCACCAGCUUAGUGAACACAAAUGGGCCUGUCUCUAAUUUUCUGUUGGUAAAAGGGUUUUUUUUGAACUCUGGAUCUGGCAACUCCCAACACAACACCAUCCUGCCUGCCCUGAGCCACUGCUCCCAGCUCACAGCCUUCAGCUUCUGUGGGAAUCCCAUCUCCAUGGUCGCCUUGGAGACCCUCCUACGCCACACUGUCAGGCUGAGCAAGUUAAGCCUAGAACUCUAUCCUGUCCCCCCAGGGUGUUAUGCCCAGGGUGUUCUCCACUGA